CUGCGGAGGCAGUAUUUAGGGCGCAGCGCCCGGGCCGCCGCGCACUCCCGCCGGGACGGAGCUCUGCGCCGCCGCCCUCCCGUUCCCGCCCGGCCCCUUCCCUCCCUCCCGCAGUCGGCCUCCGCCCCGUCUCCCUCCUUCCCUCCCCGCCCGCGCCUUCCUCGCCUCCGCCAUUUUGUGGCCGAGCGCUGCCUACCGAGGACCGGCGCCGCGGCGGAGCCUCCCGCCUCCCUCCCCCGCCCUCUCGCGCUCCCGCUCCCAGCGGCGCCUCGCCCCGGCCCGGGCCGCGCAGCCAUGUCCUCCAGCGCCAGCCCCGAGUACGCCUCCUUCUUCGCCGUGAUGGGCGCCUCGGCCGCCAUGGUCUUCAGCGGUGAGCACCCGGGGGUGUCGGGGCCUGGAGCCGACGGGGAGGCGGGAAGCGGGGGGAGCGCGGUCUGGCUCGCCGCCGCAGCACCGGCAGGAGCCUUGGGAGCUGCAUAUGGAACAGCAAAGAGUGGCACGGGUAUUGCAGCCAUGUCUGUCAUGAGGCCUGAGCUCAUCAUGAAGUCAAUCAUCCCUGUUGUCAUGGCGGGUAUUAUAGCUAUCUAUGGCCUCGUAGUGGCAGUCCUCAUUGCCAAUGCCCUCUCACCUUCUAUCACGCUAUUCAAGAGCUUUCUUCAGCUGGGUGCUGGCUUGAGUGUGGGCCUCAGUGGUCUGGCUGCUGGCUUUGCCAUCGGCAUCGUGGGUGAUGCAGGUGUACGGGGAACAGCACAGCAGCCCAGGUUAUUUGUGGGCAUGAUCCUGAUUUUGAUCUUUGCUGAAGUCUUGGGUCUCUACGGCCUCAUUGUUGCCCUUAUCCUCUCCACAAAGUAAACAUUGCGGUAUGAUGUAAAGAGAUGUAACAAAUCCACGUUUAAAAAAAAAAAAGCUCCAGAAUGAAAAUGGUCUCUCCAAUGUGUACAGUUGUCCCAAUUUGGUAGUUGAUCUCUUGUAAAUGCGCAAUGUAUGUUAGUGACUUGUCUGUCCUGUGUGUACUUCAAUAUUAAAUUGGAUGGGCUGCUCCAAGCCUGCUGCAUGGCUUGGGGUGGCCUGUGUGCAAUUUUCCACCCAUUGCUGUUAGUACUUUAUGUAUAAAUAUGAACUAGAAAUGUAAUUUUUUCUCUUCACUGGAUGUUUAUUUAUAAAAGACUUGACAUGUUCAUACAUCUAUGGAGCAAGGAUUUUCAAUUUCCCAUGCUAUAUAUAUUAAUCUUAUAUAUAGGUAGAUUACACUGUGGGGUCAAUUGUAAGUGCAGAGAAUUCCUUGGAUGUAACUAUGAUUCUAAAGAUUGCUGUAGUGUCCUGGUAUUGGAGUAUGAGAAUUUUGUGUUUUAUUACAGCAAUUGUCCGAAACACUCCUGUGUUUCAGUAGUAACCGCGUAUGCUCCGGCAUCAGAGUUGUGCACCCAGUGUUGGGUUACAAACUUAUACCAUGUUUCCAAAUAAAACUUCCUCACUACAUUGC